GAGCCAAGGGAAGGCAGCGCUCUCCUGGGACACUCCUAACUAUCUCUGUCUCUCCUUCCUCUUCUCUGUGCCUGUGAGGCUCAUUCUGUAGCAUGCAGGACACUUUGCUCCAGUCCGUAGUAGGGAUGGGGCCUGAUUUGCUUGCCUUGGCUAAUGAGCUUAGCCCGUGCUGAGCAGCUUUUAGCCCUGCAGGUUGUUGUUGUAGUGGGCACUGGUUAGCCCUCAGUGGUUAGCAAGAGGAACCAGAGCGGAGGAGUGGAUCUGAAAAGGGGCAGAGCUGCAGCCACAGCUUCACCACUCCUCUGUUUGCCUACCAGGACCACCUCUACUUGUGCCGGCACUGCGGCUGGGACGUCUCUCUGUUACUCUCUCCCCUCCCUCCCUCCUCUGCCUCUCUCUAACACUACCUGACUCCCUUCUCUCUCCCUCUCUGUCUGUCCCGGAGCACUGACAGACUGUUUUUGUAGCUGCAUCAUCUUUUAGGCAGCUGCCCCUAUUUCUACCCUCUCUUUCACUUCUUUUCUGUCUUAACCUUUCCCCCCGACUUUGUUGCCAAAAUGUACCGGAACCCGUGGAUCUCAAAUUACCUGACUCAUGUCAAGUUUUGCAGCCAAGGACUCGGCAGUGAGACCCCUAUAAAACUAAGCAAUCCCAGGUUGCUGCAGAAGAGAGCUUUGAGCUUCCAGAAAGAAUUCUCCUUCGACGAAAAAGACGACCCAGCCAAAAGCACCAAGGAUAUAGAUGUUAGUCUCUUGGCCAGUCUCCCCAAAGUCUCUGAAUUGAGGAAACGAUUUGAAGGCAUUACCACAAGCGCAAGUGACUUUGAAAUGAACAGAAAGGAGCGCAUCGCUCGGCGGUUGGAGGGCAUAGAGGGUGAGGUGCAUCCGUCUCUGCUGCCUAGCUUGGUGGCCAACAGGCUUCUAGAGGAGGAUACACCGAGAUACACCAGGGCCUCUGACCCCUGUGAACCCUGUGGUGUUCCAGUCCAGCAGUAUGGCAUAGAGGGAUUCGAAAGCCCAGAUAUGCAGCUCAUGGCUCCAGAGCGACAGUCCAGAGCUCGGUGUAGGCCUGACCCUCAGUCCUCCAUCCACACAGAGCCAAUCCACAGUUCAGGCUCCACCACCAGCGGCCUAGAGCUGGAGUCCAAGGCCGAACGAAUCGCCCGCUACAAGGCAGAACGGCGUCGGCAGUUGGCUGAGCGCUAUGGUAUCUCCUUAGAUCAGGAGCCAGACUUGGACCAUCCCUCCCGCUACACUCGCACCCGGAAGGAGUCGGAGGGCUCAGAGAGGCGAAACAGAGGGGAGACUGUGGGGGAAGAGGGGAGAGACAUCACUCUGACUUCCUUCACCAGCAGCUCCACCACUAGCCCAAGGCCGGGACGCACAGCACCACACCACAGCCACACCGACCCAAGCUACGAGAUGGGUCGAAGCAGGGUGGACUCAUUCUCAGAGAGGGAGAGGCUGAUGAACCUGGAGAAUCAGCGCAGGGCUGCUCCUCCUGAACCACCAUCCUCAUCCUCAUACAUGGAUGUGACAUCAUUGUCCUCAGCUGCCAGGGUGCCUGCCAGGGACUAUCCAGUCACAGGGAUGCCACCCAGUUCACCGAAGCUGAGCAGGCAUUCUUCCCUCUCCUCACCUAAACAUGGUGCCUCUCCUGGAGAUCUCUUCAUCGAGCAGCAGGCCCACAACAUCCUCAACAGACAGGGGUCCUGUGUGAGUUCAGAUUUUGCUUCCACUGAGGCUGAUGAAGAGAAGCUAGAUGAACGGGCCAAGCUGAGCGUAGCAGCCAAACGUUCCCUCUUCAGGGAACUGGAAAAGAGCAUUGAUGGUGGAGCUCCUAAGCUACGGUCCAGGAAUGCAGCAGUGGACAGGAGACUAAGGCGGACGCAAGACCGAUCCAGAACUCAGCCAGUCACCACUGAGGAAGUAGUUAUUGCCGCCACCCUACAGGCAUCCUCACAGCAGAGUGCUGCUGCCAAGGAGCAGGCACGGGAGGCGCGGCUGGUGCAGGACGCACAGGAGACCCAGAGCUCUAAGCCAGUGUCCACAAUGGAGGGGAGUCAGGAGGAGCCUGACCUCUGCACCCUCAGCUUGGCAGAAAAAAUGGCGCUGUUCAACCGGCUGGCUCAGCCGCCAACCAGAGUGACCCGCACCAGAGGGGACACACGCCAACGCAGGGCCAACGCUCGCUACCAGACUCAACCUAUCACACUGGGAGAUAUGGAGCAGGAGUCCUCAGACAUAGACAUCAGGGAUGAACCGGAGCUCAGUGACAGCCCAGUAGAGCACCUGCAACUUCAAAAUGGUACAGGCUCUCGGUUCGGACACCUCCCCUCUUCAUCGUCCUCCUCUGCGCUGAGAGCAGGAGGCACCGUAUCCACUGACCAUGCUGGAGACAUCCACAUAACCAGAGCACCUGCCCAGGUCGAAAACCUCCCUCCCAGUUCUGACAGGUCCCUACCCCCUCGCCAUCCAGACGACCAGGCCUGGAGGUCCCAGGACCACCAGAGGUACCGAAACCUACCCCAGAGAGAGGACGGAGCUGAUCUGGGAGGAGGGAAAAGGAAGCUGCCCUCUCCUGAGGGAGCGGUCAGGCAGGCUGCUCUGCCCCAGCCCCAGACUGGAAGAGAGAGGAGUGGGGAGGUGGAAGAGGUGGAGGAGGUGGAGCAGCAGCUGUCCAGAGGGAGGGGAGAGGGGGCCGUGCAGAGCUCAGAGAGCCACAUGCUUCUGGAGAGGCAGGAGCAGAGGGGUUAUCUGAGGGGGGAAGGACACUACCCUGACAGCCAGAGGAGCAGGGCCAUCGGUGGAGAGCUGCUGGAGUCUGCUGUGGUAACAUCCAGAGCAGCAUCUGGUUCACCCGGGACGGUGUGUCAGCCUCCAGCAGCAGAUCCACACACUGACGACAGCGGACACAUAACCAGCCUGGUUCAGCCUGAGCAGGAAGACGAAGUGAGCGACAUGAUGGCCAGACACAUGUCCAUCAAAGAGAGGGUUGCCUUGUUGAAGAAGAGCGGUGAGGAGGACUGGAGGAAUAGGAUCAAUAAGAAGCAGGAUGCGGUGAGGGUUGCCGUGGGCGAGCAGCACGCUCAGCUCUGGGAGGUGGAGCAGAGCCUCCAGAAGAAGGACGAUGAAGCACUGAUGAUGAUCGAUGAGUUUGCUGUGUCCGACCAGCUAUGGGAGCCAGUCUUUGCCUCUACUUUCUCUCCUGAGCCUCCUUUCCAUACCUCUUCCCCUGAUGAGUCAGCCAGUCAGGCCACCAGAUCUCCCAGACCCGUGCAGGUGGAUGAGAGACACCCCUGGAGACGGAAGAGAAUAGCUGAGGCUGAGAUGGAGAGCCAGAGGAUUGAGGCUCACAUGUCCAUCCAGGAGAGGAAACAGCUGAUAGUGGCCCAAGAAGAGGCCUGGAAGACCACAGGCCACGGAGCUGCCAACGACUCCACCCAGUUCACUGUGGCUGCACGCAUGGUGAAGAAAGGGUUGGCCUCCCCCACUGCCCUCCAGUCUCCAGUGCUAUCCAAACCUAAGAAUAGCAGCCUCGCCAUCUCUAAACCACAAGAAGAGAUCAAGGCCAUCCCAGAUCUGAACCUGGAGUCAGACAGGAAGCUGGAUAAGCUGGAGUCAUUUCUAGGCAAGCUCAACAGUAAAGUGUCUGGACUGCCAGAAGCUACCAUCACAGUGACAGAGAAGAAGGUAAAGGAAGUGAUGACCCUCGAAGAUGAAACGUUCUCUAAGUUCUACCGCCAUGUGGAGGAGCUCCCCUCCAUCACCAACAAGGUGGAGAUAGAUGAAGACUUUGACGCCAUCUUCGGUCCCCAGGAGCCAAAGCUGACCUCGGAAAUGGUGCAGCACAAGCGAGCGGUGCGCCCGGCACGUAACGUCCAGUCAUCCAGGAACCCUCUGAAGAUGCUCGCUGCCAGGGAGGACAUCAGACAUGAGUACACAGAGCAGAGGCUCAAUGUGGGCCUGCUGGAGAGCAAGAGGAUGAAGGCUGAGAAGAUGAAUAAGAACUCGGGUUUCUCUGAGGUGGCUCUGGCUGGUCUCGCCAGCAAGGAGAACUUCAGCAGUGUCAACCUGCGCAGCGUCAACAUCUCGGAGCAGAUGUCCAACAACAGUGCUGUGCCCUACAAAAAACUCAUGCUCCUGCAGGUCAAAGGCCGAAGGCACGUUCAGACCAGGCUGGUGGAGCCCAGAGCGUCCUCCCUGAACAGCGGCGACUGUUUCCUGCUCCUCACGCCGCACCACUGCUUCAUCUGGACCGGAGAGUUUGCCAACGUCAUUGAGAGGAACAAGGCCUCAGAGUUGGCCAACUUCAUCCAGAGCAAAAGAGAUUUGGGUUGUCGUGCUAACUAUGUCCAGAUCAUCGAGGAGGGUGUCAACACACACAGCCAUGCUUCCAAGGAGUUCUGGAAGAUUCUGGGAGGACAGUCAAGUUAUCAGUCUGCAGGAACCCCAGAUGAGGAUGAGUUGUAUGAGGGUGCCAUUGUGGAGACAAACUGUAUUUACCGCCUGAUGGAUGACAAACUGGUCCCAGAUGAUGAUUUUUGGGCCAAGAUGCCUCGCUGCUCCUUGCUCAACCCCAAGGAGGUUUUGGUGUUUGACUUCGGCAGUGAGAUGUACAUAUGGCAUGGGAAGGAGGUGACACUGGCACAGAGGAAGGUGGCCUUCCAGCUGGCCAAGCACCUGUGGAACGGCACCUUCGACUACACUAACUGUGAUAUCAACCCCCUCGACCCAGGAGAGUGCAAUCCACUCAUACCCAAGAAAGGCCAGGGCCGACCUGACUGGGCAGUGUUUGGCAGACUGACUCAACACAAUGAAACCACUCUAUUCAAAGAGAAGUUCUUGGACUGGAGUGACGCCAGGAAAACACCCAGCCCCACAAAAAACACCAACGACCACAUCACAGAUCAAAAGGAGCACACGUCUGAUCAGCCCCGAGCGUAUGAUGCCUCCCUGAUGCUGCCCCUCCAUCAGGCGCCUGUCUGCACCAGACUAGACGGGUUCAACGUGGGGCGGGGGUACGGCCUGGUGGAGGCAGAGGAGUGGCGGAGCUAUGAGAUCAGCACUCUAGCGGUGGAGGUGUGGCACAUCCUGGAGUUCGACUACAGCCGCCUGCCUCGCCAGAGCAUCGGCCAGUUCCAUGAAGGCGACACCUACGUGGUGAAGUGGAAGUACAUGGUCAGCACCGCAGUUGGAAAGAGGCAAAACCCAGAGCAGCUGAAGACGGCGGGGGCUGGGAAGGAGAAGUGCUGCUACUUCUUCUGGCAGGGCCGCAACUCCACCGUCAGCGAGAAAGGAACGUCAGCGCUGAUGACAGUGGAGCUGGACGAAGAGCGGGGAGCACAGGUUCAAGUCCAGCAGGGUAAGGAGCCUCCCUGUUUCCUGCAGUGCUUCAGAGGAGGGAUGGUUGUCCACUCAGGGAAGAGAGAAGAGGAGGAGGAAAACUCACAGAGUGACUGGCGUCUGUAUUGCGUGCGGGGAGAGGUGGAGGUGGAGGGCCACUUGCUGGAGGUAGCCUGUCACUGCAGCAGCCUGCGCUCCAGAGUCUCCAUGGUGCUGCUCAGUGUAAGCCAGGCUCUCAUCUACCUGUGGCACGGCUGCAAGUCUCAGACACACACACGGGACGUGGCACGCACCGCUGCCAACAAGAUCAAAGAACAUUGUCCUCUUGAAACAGGCCUCCACAGCAGCAGCAAGGUGACCAUUCGGGAAUGCGAUGAGGGAGCAGAGCCCACAGGAUUCUGGGAGGCCCUCGGAAGGAGGGACAGGAAGGCAUACGACUGCAUGUUGCAAGACCCAGGCAGGUUUAACUUCACACCUCGUCUCUACCAGUUGAGCAGCAGUUCAGGAGAGUUUGCAGCUGUGGAGUUCCUCUACCCAGCCAGAGACCCCAAGCAGGUCAACUCUAUGCCCUUCCUACAGGAGGACCUUUAUGCAGCUUCCCAGCCAGCCCUGUUCCUGGUGGACAACCACCAUGAGGUGUACCUGUGGCAGGGCUGGUGGCCUCAAGACAGUGAAAGCACCGGCUCAGCUCGCAUCCGCUGGGAUUCUGACAGGAAGUGUGCCAUGGAGACUGUGCUGCAGUACUGUAGAGAAAAGAAUGAGAAGAAGCCUCCCAAAGCAUAUCUGAUCCACGCCGGUCUGGAGCCACUCACCUUCACCAAUAUGUUCCCCAGCUGGGAGCACAGAGAGGACAUCGCUGAGAUCACUGAGAGGGAGGCAGAGGUGUGUAACCAGAUUAUCCUGGUGGAGGACGUGUUGGCCAGGCUAUGUAAAACCACGUACCCACUGGCAGACCUCCUGGCCCGGCCGCUGCCUGAGGGAGUCGACCCUCUUCGUCUGGAGGUCUACCUGUCUGAUGAGGACUUUGAGGGUGUGGGGGCUUAUGGGCAGAAAGCCCUUGAGAUGACCAGAGAGGAGUAUGGGGGUUUGCCUGUCUGGAAACAGGUAAACUUGAAGAAAGCCAAAGGACUUUUCUAAACAGUUGAAACAGAGAGCUGAACUGAUGACGUCAGAGAAAGCCACCAAGAUGUUGUUUCGCCUCCUCUUUUGUUUACGCCUGGACACAGCAGAGACUCAGGGGUAGCCUCUCCUGAGUUAACUCGGUAAUGGAGGGUUGAGGAUAGACGAGAGGAGUCACAAAGUCGUGGAAGAGACAAUCAGCAGGCGAGAGGUGUGCCAGCUUCUCGUGCUGCAGAUUCCCUUCUCAUCUGCUUUUGUGUUGGUAUUUUGGUUGUGUAAGUAGGAGACAAAUGUAGGCAGAUGCACCUAUGAGUGAAUGUGUUAAUAGUGCUUGUUUAAAUUUACAUUCUGUUCAUGUAUGUACAUACUGUAUGUACAAUAUGCAGGACAGCCAGUGCCCUUACAUUGUCAGCAAUGCAGCCAUCUGUUAGAGUGGGAGCAGGUCUGUCAACCUGUUCAACACACUUCACAUCAGACUCUCUGCUAUUCUUGUAUGUAUGUUUAUGCAUUACAAAUAAUUUAUAUUUAUAUCAAAUCUAUAUAGGAUUUUUUUAAAUGUCAUGAAUAUUCUCUGAACUAAAAUAAUGAAAUAAACUGUAUAAUAAAUGUUAAGAAGGUGUGUGUCAUAUGUUGAUAAAUACUGGAUAUUACAGACAUGUGGUCUUGCUGUACAGUUCACCAUUUGCCAUUUAUGAAUCAGAUGCUGCAGCUUCAUUUGGAUGCAUUUAGUGUCAUUAUUAUUUCAGACAGAAGAAAAGAUAUAGGCUUUAUUAAAGGUGAAGAUAGUGUGAUGAUGAAAUGUAUGUGAUUUUUAAAUCCUACAGUGUAUAGUGCCUUGCUUUGUGUACAGUUUCUAUACAGCUCAUAGUCUGCAUUUUGAAGACUUUUUGUGAUAUAAAGAACUAUUAGAGAAAUAAACCCUGAAAGUUGGAUAUCUGAAAA